GAGCCAUUGACGUCGCCCUCUUUGGCAAUGGCUUUUAACAGAGACGCAGUGAGUGUAGGAACAGAGAAAAGUGUUUUGAGACAAGGGGAAAAGUGGGAAAACAGAAACAUGAAGUGGUGAGGAGGUUUGAAGUGUUCUGAACUGGUACACGAUGUUGCUGUCGUGCUGUCCUGCGAGCUUCAAACCUAUGUGGAGCCCCUGGAGUGGCUACGACUGGUGUCCUCUCGUGUUCACAGCAGCAACCAGUUGGUUUUGAGCAUCAGUUGAGCGUUUCAGACAAUACUCCUAAUUCUUCAUCUUCCUCUGGGUUACACACUCUACUUUUAACAGAGGCGCAGAGAGAGUGGACGUACCCAAACAAGUACUAUGACCAAAGGAUCCGCGCCCUGACGCGCCGCGGUGCGUGCAUGUUGGACCGGUGAGAGUGUGGACUAGUAUGAAGCGCCAUGGCUUGGUGUGACCGCGGGGUUCAAACGCUGCUGGCCACCGUGGGGGCUUUCGCUGCCUUCAGCUUGAUGACCAUCGCCAUCGGCACGGACUAUUGGCUCUAUUCGCGGGCGUACAUCUGCAACGGCACCAAUGCCACCACGGACGAGACCCAGCCGCAGCCCAAAACCAAGAAGGGCGAUCUCACCCACUCCGGGCUGUGGAGAAUCUGCUGUAUUGAAGGUAUCAAUCAAGGCAGCUGUUACAGAAUCAACCAUUUCCCUGACGACAACGACUACGACACAGACAGCUCUGAAUACCUGCUGCGUAUCGUUCGUGCCUCCAGCGUGUUCCCCAUCCUCAGUACCAUCCUGCUGAUGCUGGGCGGCUUGUGUGUCGGCGUGGGUCGAGUCUACAACAAGACAAACAACGUCCUACUCAGCGCAGGCAUUCUCUUCGUCGCUGCAGGUCUGAGCAACAUAAUUGGCAUCAUUGUCUACAUCUCCAGCAAUGCAGGAGACCCCAGUGAUAAACGUGACGAUGACAAGAAGUACACUUACUCCUACGGCUGGUCCUUCUACUUUGGUGCCCUCUCCUUCAUUGUGGCCGAAACGGUGGCCGUCCUCGCCAUCAACAUCUACAUUGAGAGAAACAAGGAGAUCCGCUGGAAGGCGCGGCGCGAGUUCAUUCGCUCACUCUCGUCCUCCUCCCCGUACUCAAGGAUACCAAGCUUCCGUUACCGCCGGCGGACGUCGCACGCCAGCUCUCAUUCUACAGAGGCGUCCCGGGAGAACUCGCCGGUGGUUGGUCUGAAGGGGGCGCCAUCCUCCAGUGGGCCCCUGGACGAGCUGUCCAUGUACGCCCUGGCGAGGGAUAGUGUGACGGAAAACACGUACAGCCCUGAACAUGAGGCGGCUGCUGAGUUCCUCCAGGUCCAUAACUGUUUCCCCAAUGAUUUAAAGGACGGGGUGAAUCGCAGGACCACACCGGUGUGAGUGGCAUAUUGCUGGGCUCGAGGUUCACCUGGGGGAGGAUGAACAGGAAAUUCUGGAAAAGUCAUUGGGCUGACCUGCUGGGGCCUGAUAGCUUGUGAUAGCCUGCCAUCUUAGAGGCACAGAUUUCAAAGACACUGUCCUUUUCGAAAGGACCAGAGGGAGACGAGAGGACGGUCAGCUGGAUAGAGGAUGAGCCAUUUAAGAGAAGCUGAUUAUUUACCUGCUUUUAGAGACCAUCAAAGCAGAAUAGCGUUACCAUUGUCUGUGCUGUAGCCGAUGCAAAGUUAGUGUUAUCUUUCAACUGUGUCAAAAUGUUUCAAUGAACAGUGAGUGGAUCACAACCCUUUGUUUGUGUAAUGGUCACUACACAUUGUGGGCAAACUUGAGAGUUAAGCGUAGUGGUGUGCCAAACAACAUAACAGUAUUCUACCUGUAAAUUAUUUAACAAGGUGCUAAAUGAAAUGUAUUCUUCAACUUGAAGGUGUUCCAUAUGUGUGUGAAGUUAAAAUGUGGACCUCUCUCCAGAGUUUGUAUUGUGUCCUCAUAACCAGUUUGGUCUUGCCUUAUAUUCAUGGGUUUGAAACAGACAACAGGGCGUCUCUCAGCACUGUCCUUUAGAAUAAUAUAUAGCCUUUUAAACAAACACAAAUUAUAUAUGUUUUUAACGCAUCUUUUUCACGGGAGUCAGUGUCUUUGCAAAAUGUUUCUCAUGUUGAGUUGUAGUGUUCCGAAUGUUUAGUAUUUCAGCACAUUGUACAAGUCGACCAUCCAGUCCUCCAAACAAUAUGAAAGGUUUUCUCUCCCCCGCUGCCGCUUCCUUAAUCCUUUUCUUCUCUGACAUUUGUCAGUGGAACAAAAUGUUCUUUUUGUCAGUGGAACACCUCUGUUCAAUGGCCCCUUUUUACUCACUUCCAUAUCAGUCCGCCAUCCUUCCAUCAAAACCCCCUGAUGGAUGUGACAUUGUGUUUGUGCCUGUCACAAGAGAGGAGCAGCUGACGAGAAGGGGGGUGCCCAGAACUGUGAAAACGGCACAGGUCAGGACUUCCGUUUGCUCUGAAUGGAUCCCAAGCAUCCAGAGUGUUAAAUGGAUAAGGAUCAGAGUCAGGCGGAGAAUGCAUGUCUGUCUAUCACACCGCCUGUGAGUCCAUCUGGCUGCCUUUCCCCGCUCCCAUGUGAAACAGAGGCCCCAGACAGAGGCAGAGGGAGCUGUCUGCGACUGCGUCCCUGAAGGAUUUGGCUCUAAUAACCAGGCGUGUGUGCCUACUGUCGUCCUGCAUGUCCAUCUCUGCUCUUUCUUUUAGUUCUCUCAGGAAAUGCUGUGCUGUUGUGGCAAGUCAAAAACUUUUGAGGUCCUCUCCUUGCUUUGUGGUAGUGCUGGGAAAUGGACCAGUGAUAAAGACAAACCUGGUGAAAAUGAUUUGAGAAAAGAAAAUGGCAUUAUUGUAUUUAGAAAUUGCUGUGAGUGUCUGCUUGAGCUUGCUCCAAGAACCAGCUGGGGUGGGUUUUUUCAGUCUUAGGGCUAUUGGUUGGUUCUAGUCUGGCAAGCGAGCUCACUCAACCACACAUUAGUAUUUGAGUGUAUUUAGUGUGUUUGAUAUUCCAUUAGAGAUACAACUUCAUAUACCAGACUGGGCUCAUGUAAGAGAAAGCCAUCAGUAUGAUCCAUUCUGAGUGUAGAUCUUACAUUUUUAUAAUACAGUGUGGGGAAAAAAUCCAAAUGUGUUUGUAUGUUAUGUAAAGCUGUAAAGUUGUAUAUAAAAGUACAAUAAAAAAAUACAAAAAAAAAACAAACAAAAAAAAAAAUCGAAUACUCAAUGUGCAAACAUAUGAACGGAGUCUUCAAAGCAUUAUUUUACUGAACUAUGUCUCAAUAAUAAUGCCUUGAUGCAAUCUGGCAUUGGCCAUACAAUUCAAUUUACCAUUUUAUAUUCAGGUAAACACUGAUUUUGCUGUUAUCAGUCAAAAAAAAGUAAAUCUAGCUAUUGAAUAUUCUGUUUUGUAAGGUGAAGUAUAGUAAGUACAUUUAGGAGAAGAUACUAUAUUUUCUAUUCCAUGUGUAUGUGGCAGCUGUGCUUUACUGAAUGUGCUUAUAUUGAUUAAUGGCUUACUAUUGUUGUGAAAUAAGCACAUUGUCAAAUUUUUUUAAAGAAAUUAAUUAAACACUUGAGCAUGGAUGUUCAGAAGUGAAGGUGCUAAUUUGGGGAAGUUGCAUAAUAAAAAAAAUACAGGGAAAGAAGCUGAGGCACUUGUUGUGUUGUAUAAAAGAAUAAUUCCUUGCCCUAGAUACAGUACAUUUCAAGCACAAACCUACUGAAUUAAAUCACUAUUAAAUGUAUUUUCAAUUCUUUGAUAUUGGAUAGUAGAGUGCCUCUCUUUUAUUUCUGAUAUACUGCAUUUAUUGUUCCACUCAAACAAGCAUUUUUUUUUAAUCUCAAUUUAUUUAAUCUGAAUUGAAAAACCCAAAACAAACUGUACAUAGACAAUUAAAUUAAAUCAGGGUUAUGUUUUUUUGUGCUUUAGUGGUGAUUUCUUUUAAGACUAACAGUCUAUACAGCCAUGCUAGCAGCUCUGUGGUGCUGCGAGGUAACUGCUAAUGUCAAAAUGCUAACAUGUUUGCAGUGACAAUUUUAACAUGCUGACAUUUAGCAGAUGUGCUGUUUAUCAUUUGCUAAUUAGCAAGUGUUAGCACGCUAAACUAAAAUGUCACCGUUUUAGUUUAGCGUGCUGACAUUUGCUCAUGAGCAGUUAGCACAAAGUACAGCUGAGGCACAUGGGAAUGUUGUUCGUUUUGCAGGUAUUUGGCCAUAAACCAAAGUAUUAGACAAAAUACAACUUUAACCUAAUGGUGGCGCUUGUGUAAAUGUUAAAGGAUAUCCAAAGUUAUUGCAAUUAAUCCUCUGGGAAAAUGCUCUGAACAAAAUCUCACGACAGUCCAUCAGAUAGUUAGAUAUUUCAGUCUAAAAAAGAUGGCUGAUCGAUUGAUCGACCGACAGGCUGACAUUGUCAACCCAAGAGCAAUGCUGCUGACAUGGUUAAAAAUCCACUAGUCUGGAGAAAGUGAUGUGACAACCCUCCAUCUAUGUAUAAAAAAUGAAGAUACAGAUGUACAGGAAAUGUAUAUAGGAUUUAUGCACAAAUAAUUACAGCUAUAAACUUUCACCUCAGUGGGACCUGUUUUCCAUUGCAGUGUUUCAUUCAGAUUUCUGUGGCCGACCUUCUCCUGGGUCCUGAAUGCCUCUUCAUAUCCGCUGCAUAAGACAGAAUCACUGUCAUCUCCGAAUGAGCUACGAGCUACUUCAGCCUCGGAGUCUCCACGUCGUUUUGCAAAGAAAUAAAUCAUAAGUGUAAGUACUAAUGGCAGCUCUCUUAGAUCAAAGUGUUAUCUCAGUGAGAUGCCACCUGACAAAAUGAAGCCAUUUUUUUUUUUUUAUCUCAGCAGUCUCCCACCUGAUUCAAUCAGUGGGCGAAGUGAACCUUUCUUCUCUCAAUGUGUGUGAAUCAUAUAAUAUACCGACUGAAGGAAAGAAGGGAUUGUGGGCAGAGAAAUAAGGUUAGAAGUUAAUGUCUUUUUACAGCAUCAAGUGUUUUUACUUUUCAAAGCAAAAUGCAAGCUUUUACACUUCUUGGAUUGAAUUAUUUUACCAUUGGUUCUGCUUUUCAAAUGUUUCUGUAUUUUGUCAUGUGCAACUAUAACAGCAGCUUCUGUUUUCAUAGUUCAAAAUACAGCGCAUUCUCUAAUUCAAAUGGACCCAGCAGUCAGAUAGUUAUAUUCAGUGAAGUAUGGUGUGCCCCAUAUAAUACAAAUAAUUAAAUAAAUGAAAACACAUUA